CGUCAACUUUUUUACACGAUGGCGGCGAUUCACGACCAGUUCGAUACCAUCCUCAUCCUUGAUUUUGGAUCGCAAUACAGCCAUUUGAUAACGCGACGCUGUCGAGAACACAACGUCUACGCGGAACUCUUGCCUUGCACAACUCAGAUCAAGGACGUUAAGUUCAAACCAAAAGGAAUAAUCCUUUCGGGCUCACCCUAUUCAGUGUACGAUAAAGAUUCGCCUCAUGUCGAUCCUGCUGUGUUCGACCUGGGCGUUCCGAUCCUUGGGAUAUGUUAUGGCCUACAGGAAAUGGCCUGGCAGCUGAAAGGCACUGUCGACAAGUGUGAUCACCGUGAAUACGGGUUCGCUCAUCUUAAAAUAACCAAAAUCGGCAGCAGUUCUUCUGUCGAUGCGCUUUUCGACGGUCUAGGGGACGAAAUGCAGGUAUGGAUGUCGCAUGGUGAUCAACUGUCUGCUCCCCCGCCAGGGUUCCAUGUUAUUGGGGUAACUGCAACGGCUCCCUAUGCAGCCCUUGCGCACGACUCCAAGCCGUUUUAUGGCAUACAAUUCCACCCCGAAGUUACCCAUUCACCGAGAGGGAAAGAAGUCAUCGGCAAAUUCAUCCUGGACAUCUGCGGAUGCCAACAACACUGGACAAUGGAGGAGUUCAUCGGCAAGGAGAUUGCGCGCAUACGAGAGAUUUGUGGGCCUACAGGACGUGUUGUUGGCGCCGUAAGUGGCGGGGUGGACAGCACUGUAGCUGCGAAGCUAAUGCAUGAGGCUAUCGGGGAUAGAUUUCAUGCCAUCAUGGUUGAUAACGGUGUGCUGCGUCUCAACGAGGCAAAACAAGUCUACGAGAUGCUCAACAAGGAUCUGGGUGUCAACCUUACCGUUGUUGACGCCUCCGAUCUCUUCCUCUCCCGAUUAGAUGGCGUUGAAGACCCGGAACAGAAACGCAAGAUUAUUGGCAACACGUUCAUCAAUGUCUUUGAAGCCAAGGCAGCAGAGAUCGAAGCCCAAGCAGAGGCGGAGGAAGCAGCUGGUGCUGCUGCGAAAGGCCGCGUGGAAUGGCUCUUGCAGGGCACACUAUACCCGGAUGUCAUUGAAAGCAUCAGCUUCAAAGGGCCGAGCGCGACGAUCAAAACCCACCACAAUGUCGGUGGAUUGCUGAAGGACAUGAAGCUGAAGCUUAUCGAGCCUUUACGCGAAUUAUUCAAGGACGAAGUCCGUGCCCUUGGUCGUUUACUUUCCAUUCCGGCCCCACUCGUUCAACGACACCCAUUCCCUGGCCCAGGUCUCGCUAUCCGCAUCCUGGGGCAAGUAACACGAGAGCAGGUCAAAAUCCUCCAACUGGCCGACAGCAUCUACAUUGAAGAGAUCCGCAAGGCUGGCCUCUAUGAUCAAAUCUCUCAAGCGUUUGCGGUUCUAUUACCCGUAAGGGCAGUCGGUGUUAUGGGGGACGCCAGGACAUAUGAACAAGUCAUCGCUUUGCGUGCCGUCCAAACAGAGGACUUCAUGACAGCGGACUGGUAUGUCUUCCCUCCAGAAAUCCUCAGACGGAUUUCGUCGCGCAUAACAAACGAGGUGCCUGGCAUCAACCGCGUAACGUAUGAUAUCUCGUCCAAGCCACCUGCUACUGUAGAAUGGCUAUAA